AUGGGCGGCGAACCGCACAGCUGGCUGCAUGGACAUGAAGGGGCAGCAAUCCAGUGUCUGGAUGCCAACCCAGCGGCGACAAAUGUCGAGGACGCAAUUCAGAAGCUGCCAGAACCAUUGCAGUAUCCAACCCUGCAGCUGGUUCUCCCGAGCCACGCACAGUUCAAGGCAGUAGACCUGUUCGCCGUGAGGAGAGAUGCAGACAGUACUGAUUUAGUCAUGGUGGCGCAGCAGAAGGAGGGCGGAGCCAGUGUAAGCAACCACCCACGGCCACAGACUGCAAAGCAUGCCUACUGGAUGAGAGGAUCGUCGACGCAAAACGCAAAGAAGAAAGAUGGAUGGUUCCUGCCCUCGCAAAGCGAGAUUGAAACGUUCUUGGGACCCUCAUUGGCAGCUGCAGCACCAGCCACCUGGCGGGAUCCGGUAGACUAG